AUGAUUUCAGUAGCUCCCUGACGGUUGUCAAAUGAGGACAACCACACUAUAAAAGGAGUCGAGAGCUCUUUCAGAUUACACCACUUUCUCAUCACCUUCUCGAUCGUUGUCCUUCGAUCGCACCACUCCACUAGCUCACCCAUCCGAAGCACUUCUCUCAUCUGAAGCUAGGCUUGCUGAGGAUUGAGCCGUGUCUCUGCAAUGGAGAGACGGGUGAAGAGGGCAAUCAGCUCCACAGACCUUUACCUGGCCAUGUUGUCCAUCUUCGCGCUCAUUCACUCCUCGCAUGCUAUGGAUGACAUUUACAGCCCAGGUCCAUUUGAAGUGCAAUUGUUGAAUGUUCCUCAAGGCAGCAAUGACGGAUCUCCGACUUGCCAUCAAACUGCUCCGCCUUCCAGCCCGGCUGGAACCCCAGUACCAAAACCUCUGCUCAUUGCACUUCCCCUGCAAUCUGGUGUGUACCCAGUGGUUCAAUUCCAGCAUGGGUUCGCGAUGAAAGUCGGCUUCUACACGCACUUGCUUCAACACGUGGCCUCGUAUGGAUACAUAGUCAUUGCUCCUCAGAUGCCUCUUCAGCUUUUGUCAUUUGACGCGACCGGCGAGAUUGCAAUGGCUGCCUCUGUUUUGACAUGGAUUCCUAAUAACCUCGCGGCUCUGCUCGAAUCAGAGAUGCAAACUUCGAAUCUGAGCAUUCAACCCGACCUGAACAAAAUCGUUCUGUCGGGACACAGUAAAGGAGGAAAGGUGGCCUUCGGCCUGGCGACCGGGGUCUGCAAAACAUCUGUGCAGUUUUCAGCCAUUGCAGGACUGGAUCCCGUCGAUGGCGGUUCGCCCUAUAAGCAAUCGGCGCCGGCAAUACUUCCAGACAAGAAAUUCGGUUUGGAUCUCCCGUUUCCAACUCUGAUCGUAGGAACCGGACUCGGGAACCAGUCGAAUUUCUGGCACGGACCAACAUGCGCACCUAACGGUGUGAGCCAGAGCACAUUCUUCCACGACAGCGCUGCUCUUGCAUAUCACUUUGUGGCUCCCGCCUUUGGACAUAUGGAUUACCUGGACGACGAUCUAAGUGGUAUUAUAGGCUUACUGUCCGGUUAUGUGUGCAAGAAUGGGCCCUGUCGAACUCCCAUGAGAAAAUUCGCAGGAGGCAUCGUAGCUGCUUUUCUGCAAGCUGUAUUCGGAAACUCCACCGCGAUUUCUCGAGCCUUUGAAAACAUCCCUUCCGCAGCUCCUGUCGAAUUAGACACUCCGGCGAUGACGGAAUUUUCCUUGGCAGCGUCAGUCUAGGAGACUGGAUUUCAUGCAUUCGAUCAUUGCAGUGAGGCAGAAUUUUACAGGAAGACAAAGAGUAGCUCAGAUGGAACUUGCUUCUUUGUAAUAUAUCCGUGAAUUCAACAUUGACGUCUCAAGGAUCACCUGAAGCAUUUCAUCACUCUAUAAAGAACUGUGGGGAAGAAACUUAUAAUCCAUUUCGAGACGCGUUAUAAUGCCUUAUGGGAUAGAUUGACAAUUACCCAGGUGUCAUCACUUGAAGUCAUUGUAAGGUCAAUGAUAUAUAUAAGUAUAUAUAUUGAUAUGUACAAGAGUCUAAGAAGAUCAAUGACUGUUGUUUUAUGAAUAGCAAAUGAUGUAAGCA